GGGAAACAAAAUCGGAUUUUUUCGUCUACCCUGUCUCGGCCAAGUUUCAUUUCACGAGUUAGUCAGGCCAGGAACUCGGUCCUUCAGAGAUUUGAGCUCAUAAAAAAAAAACUCUACUGCACAUUUCUUUACAUCAUCAACACAGCAAGGUUUCUCUUCCUUUCUCUCAGAAGAGAUUGAGACCAUAUCGUAUAUGUAAACUUGGUAAAGCUUCGAUUGCAAAUCAAGCUAUGGCAUCACUAGUUAAAGCUCCUCCUACAAUGUCUACUAUUAAUGCUCACCAAGUCCAUCUCAGGAAGCUAAAAUUGCUAAGCAACCUAAACAUGCAUCAUGGUCUCAGAUUUCCUAGAAUUCAUGUUAAUCAAACCACUGUUUGCUGCACUAAAUUGACUCCAUGGGAACCUUCACCUGUCACGUAUGCUCCUACCAUUGAUGCUUCUGGUAACUUAUUGAAGAAAACUAGCAACAUAUUUGAAACCUUGAAGUCUGAAGACACAGCUGAAGCACCAGCAACCAACAGUGAAGAGCUUACAGAUACAAAGAAUCAGUCAUUGGUGCAAUUUCAGUUUCUUAAAUGGCCGAUGUGGCUUCUGGGCCCUUCUCUUCUCCUGACUACAGGCAUGGUACCGACAUUAUGGCUGCCCCUAUCUUCUGUAUUCCUUGGUCCCAAUAUAGCCAGCCUCCUUUCCUUGAUUGGACUGGAUUGCAUCUUCAAUCUUGGUGCUACCCUUUUUCUUCUAAUGGCCGAUUCCUGUUCUCGGUCCAAAAACCAGGCACAAACCUGUAAUAGCAAGCCUCCUUUGAGUUACAAAUUUUGGAACAUGGUUGCAACUGUAUCUGGUUUUGUGAUUCCCUUGAUGGCGUUAUUGGGAUCUCAAAAGGGCACCCUCCAACCCCAGCUGCCUUUUAUCCCAUUUGCAGUUCUAUUGGGUCCUUACAUGCUGCUUUUAUCUGUACAAAUUCUGACUGAGCUGCUCACCUGGCACUGGCAGUCACCAGUAUGGUUGGUAACCCCAGUUGUGUAUGAGUCUUAUCGGCUGUUACAGCUGAUGAGGGGGUUGAAGCUUGGGGCUGAGCUCAGUGCUCCAACAUGGAUGUUGCAUAUGAUUAGGGGGCUGGUAUCUUGGUGGAUUCUAAUCCUUGGUGUUCAGCUCAUGAGUGUUGCUUGGUUUGCCGGUUUCGCAGCUCGAUCACAGCAGCAACACUCUGCUGCUGCUUCCGGUGGUUAAUAUCAUUCACUGUCACCGAAGACUCCAUUAAGAGUUGUGGCUUCAAAUAUGUAUUUGGGAGUAUACAUAAUCAAAUAAUUCCUGGUAUAAUGGCACCGUUUUCUUCUCUGUUCACAGUAAAUGUGUGUUCUUAUCUGUAGCGAGCUAUGUACAUUUGAGCUCCUAGCUCUGGCAGCUUAAUAUGGGCUGCUAAUUUUACACUCAGCUUAUAACUGUUUGCCAAAUAUGUGAAUACAUUAGUUGUAAGAUGUCAAUCGUUCAGAACUAAAUAAAUACAGAGGAUAUCUAUGUA